AUGGUCGCGGAAGAUACCCCACAAUUCAAGGAGGCAGUGCGUCAAGAGGAGCAGCGUCUACGGCUGCUUCACCCGACUCCAGACUCAAUACCGUCAUGCAUGUCACUCUUUGACGACCUUAUCUCUUGCAACACCGUUGGACGACAAUUUCGCUCGCUCUACCGGUUUGGCGAGAUGGCGCAUUGUAGUGGCAAGUACACGGAUUGGAAGUUCUGUCUGAGCGUGAAGGGUCUGCACGAGGAACAACGCAGGGACGCAUGGACACGCAACCGUGCGGAGUGGUGGGCACGGAGGAGGUUAGGCGCGAGUAGUGAGAGUGUGUGGGACCUUCGGAGUGAAAAGUUACAAGACUAUCCAAAGGCCGUUGCUUUCGACAAGGCGCCUGAUACUUUCUUUGAAUAG